GGUGGCGGCAGCAGCAGCGGCAGGCUCGGUUACGCGCGCGCCGCUGUCGGAGUCCGAGCCGAGGUUUUCGCUCCUGCACACGGCGGCAGUCGGCGCUGGCGCGGUACGCGCACCGUGUGUAGCUAGCCGCCGUUGGUGGGUCCGCUCUCUCGCGUCGUCCGCCGCUUGUCGUCGCAGUCUCUGCAGGCGCAUUCGAGCCGUCGAACGCUCGCGAUCAGAUACUGCGACCAGAGCUCGUAAAAACAAUCCUUGAGUGCGGCGCUUCUGUGCCUGGUCGGGCGAUGCGGCCCUGCCGCAGCGACCGGAGGUGAAACAGCCCCCGCGAGAAGGAGAAGCCGACGAACAGGCAGGCCGGCCGUGACACCGCGGUGACGGUUGGUCGUCCGUGAUCGCCGAGGCCCGAGUUUUUCCUCGUCUUCGAGCGCAAAGCCGGCCAUGGGCAAGAAGAACAGCAAGCUCAAAGGCGAAGUCGUCGCCCGGCUGGCCAAGGAAACUUACUUUACAGAAAAAGAAGUUCGACAAUGGUACAAAGGCUUUCUAAAGGACUGCCCCAAUGGAUUACUUACAGAACAAGGUUUCCUGAGAAUAUACAAGCAAUUCUUUCCCCGAGGAGACCCUUCCAAGUUCGCAUCACUCGUGUUCAGGGUAUUUGACGAAAACAAGGACGGUUCCAUAGAGUUUGAAGAGUUCAUCCGAGCGUUGUCGGUAACGUCAAGAGGAAACGUCGAAGAAAAAUUAUUAUGGGCGUUCAAGCUGUAUGACGUCGAUAAUGACGGCUUCAUCACACGAGAGGAGAUGUACAACAUUGUAGAUGCUAUAUACGAAAUGCUGGGUAGCCAAGAAAAAGAAGACGAGGAAGAUGACCCAAGGGCCAGAGUGGACCGCAUCUUUGAACAACUGGAUAAGAACCAGGACAACAAGCUGUCUUUAGAAGAGUUCAAAGAAGGCUCAAAACACGACCCGAAGAUCGUCCAAGCUUUGUCCCUGUACGCACCGUAGUAGCCGCCUACUCUCCACAUCUUUCCGCCCCACUCGACCCUCAUCUUACCUUCGACACACAUCUUACCCACACGGGCGAGCUGCCCGAAGUCAGCGCAAGGCUCCGCAGCGGCUGCACUCGGAGCCGGAUUUUUUUUUAUUAUCUUUUGGUUUGCUGAGGACAAGAACGAUCCACCGGGACAGGGAAGAUAGAGCCCACCUUCCGUUACCCUUUUCUCAAGCACACACGCAUUGCGCGACUCACCGCAGCCAUCGCCUCCACUUUCUUUCCUGUACACGCCAAUCACUCGCAAGCCACUGUGAUGCCCUCUCUGCCCUUCAUGUCUCUGACGGAGCGAAGGGGAGGCUGCCAUUGGAGGGUUUUCUAUCAGCCGUUAACCUAUCUAUUUCACUUGAUGUGUCUCGAGAAUCGGCGAAAUGUUAGUAGUAUUGCAUCGUACAUGCGGCAUGCCCUCUGUUUAAACUGCGCAUCUGAAAAGGGAAAUUUUUUUUUGUGAAUUCAACCAUAAUUAUCUCCCGGAGAUCACACGUAGCCGCAUUAUUCUGGUGUUGAAAUGCGGUGCUUGUGCGCCGAUACCGCUGUGCCCAAAUGUGUCACCUGUACACUGAGCGGAAUUUCUGGGGCCUUGUAGAACGCAGGUGUAAAAAAAAUGAGCGCGCUAGGAGUUUAAUAUAUUAUACUACAAUAUGAAAAGAUGGCAUUGAAGAGAGAGAAAAAACGCAUUUUUCUCUUUAGACAUUUGUUUUCCUUCGAACAUCUCCUGAUGCGCGUACAUUUGCUUGUCCCUCAAUAUAUUUUUUUUCGCUGUCUCCCUGCUCUCGUGGCUGGAUCCAUGUGAGGUAGGAAUGCCUUCUAAAUAUCUCUUCAUUUUUCGACACUGUGCAAGACAUAUGACCAGCUUUCCUUUCCUCGUGACCAUCGCUCAUUCGUUCCUUUUUAAUCAAAGCAGUGGUGCGGACGGUGAGCUGGCGUAAGCUUUCUCGCGAUCGAAAACUGAAAGAAGCACUUCUUAUUUCUGUCGACUCUUGAAGCGUUCUUCGAUUGGAUUGCUUUUUUUUUCACACACUUUUCUUGGUGUUCAGUCUGACGCAACACCAGCGCAUCGCAAAAUUAAAGAAAAAAAAAAGGACUAUCAACGUUUAGCACUACUUGCAACAAUCAGAACAAAACGAAAAUAAGAAUGUGCAAGUGUAUUACUGAGCGUUCACUCAUUUACCAGCUAUGUCUCGCUUACCAAGAUGACGGAUGACCUACACAAAUGAUAGAAAGAAGAUUUGAAGUUAACGUCAAACUGCGCGUUGAUCGUUAAGUAAUAAUACACUUUCGAGUUUGAUUUAGUUCGUUCUAUUUUCUUCUUGUUUAGCUAACUCAUCGGCAAAAAUUGCUUUGUCUUUUUGAUACAAUGAGCUUAGAUGACCGCGCUUGUUUUUUAUUGACAUUAUCUAUGUAAUAAAAGUUCGUGCAUUUAAGUGGCA